GCACUGCCUUGUACAUACUACCCUAAAUGGGUUUUAAGAGGUUAGAGAUUAGGUAAUGGCGACUGGUUUGCUGAACUACUAUAAUAUGGUGUGGGAAGUGAAGACGAAAGAAAUGCCCAAUGCUUUGCAAACAGUCCAAUUGGUAAUGGAAACAAGACCUACAGUAAUUAAUGAACCACUGGAGAUGCUUAAAUGUAAUGAACAUCUCCCAUUGUCACCUGGUUAUGAAUCUUCUGAUGAUCAUAUGGAACUAGAUGAUCUUCCUGAAUUGCAAGCUGUUCAGACUGAUUCGACAUCACCAGAGGUUUUCCACCUUGAUACAAAUGUUUCACACCAAGAAUACACAGUGCCUUGGAAUGAAAAUUCCUCAAAUAUGUCUGAAAAUGAAUAUUCUUGUGACAAUGGGAUAAACUGGCUGACUGAAUUGGCAAAUAUAGCAACAAGCCCCCAGAGUCCUCUUAUGCAAUGUUCCUUCUACAACAGAUCAUCACCUGUUCACAUAAUCGCAACCAGCAAAAGUUUACAUUCCUAUGCACGGCCUCCACCCACAGAGAGCGAGCCAAGCUUCACGAAAAAUCAUUGGAAAGAGGAGCAGUCAGUUAGGCACGAGAGAGCACACAGUGAAUCGGAGUCUGGCAUAUUCUGCAUGUCCUCAUUCUCUGAUGACGAUGACUUGGGAUGGUGCAACUCUUGGCCUCAUACUGCUUGGCAUUGUUUUUUGAAAGGCACACGUUUAUGUUUUCAUAAAGGGCGCAAAAAAAUAUGGCAGGAUGUAGAAGAUUUUGCGAAAACAGAACAUUGUAGAAACGAGAGUGGAUAUGCAACAGCCACUUUUAAGAGUGCUCUGCUCCUCGGGAUCCGGGAGCCAUCUGGGGAUUCUGCUUCCCGAGAGGAGCGUUCCCUACAACCAUCUCGUCCUACGCAUGCAGAUACCAUUUGUUUUGGCAUAUCUUGCAGAGCCAUAAGUGUGAUACUUGGUGAAAUGUGGAAGAAAAUGAAGAAUGAAGAGAGGCGAAUAUACACGAUAGAAGCAAAAGCUCUGGCUGAAGAACAAAAACGUUUAAAUCCUGACUGUUGGAAAAGGAAAAGAACAAAUUCAGGUUCACAACAGCAUUAAUCAAGAAUGUUAACAAAAUGUUAGAGGCCCAGAAGCUCGUGACAUCUGCAUGGAAGAGGACAAUUGGACUUUCACAAUGUUUUGUGACCAUAAGAUGAUGGCAGCAUUAUUCUAAAGCAAGUCGAAGAGUGAGAGUUUUCUCUUUUUAAUAUAGCAAAAAUACCAAGAUUUUUUUUUUUUUAUUUUUUUAAUAUAUUUAUUUUGAAUCCAGAACAGUGUACAAUCAAAUAAAUCAAACCUUUUAUGCCUCGCAGGGCAAGAUAAGGCGCAUUGUAAAGCAAAAAAACAUAACAAAAUACAGGAUAAGUAUACUUUAUCAUAGUUGAUUAAUCAAAUCAAUGAGGGCAAUAUUUGUACACAUGAGCUGGGUUUUUUUCUAUUUUCCUUACAUCAAAAGACAGAAAACAACAAAAACAAAAACACAAAACAAGAACAAAAAACUGAGAGAAAAAAAAAAAAAAAAAAAAAAAAAAAAAAAAAAAAAAAUAAAAAAAUCCCCAACAACCUCCGGGCCCGCAAGGCUCCCUCUUAGGGAAGAUAGGUCAUAAAGGAAGAUAGGUCAUAAAGGGAGAUAGGUCAUGACUUUAUGGUAUAUCUCUGAAAUUCCUCAUCCAUGAACCUGGGAAUACUUGAAGCAGAACUAACUCAGCGAAACUAAUGGAAGAUACAAAUGGAGACAAGAUCAAAUGUUGGAUUUGCAAUGAAUAAGUUUUAAUGAUUGGUGCCCAAUCUGUCAAGAAUAUCUUAAUUUUUUUCUCUGUGGCUUGAGAUAGAUGAAAAGAUUCGUAUAUAAUUUGAGAUUGGAUCCCUUUAAGAAUUAUCCCUAAACUAGGGGGCUUCUUAGCAAUCCAGGACUUAAAAAUGUUAUAUCUAACAAUUAGUAUAAUAAUAUUCAAGAUCCGAGUUUUAGAAUCUAUUAUGGGAUCCCUUAUCAAACAUAUAACCUCUUGCAGAGAUAGCAAAUAAUCCCCAUUAUAGAGCCUAUUAAACCAGUACUGGACUUUCUGCCAUACUUGUUUUAUUUUAGGGCAUCUCCAUAUCAUAUGAACAAUAUCUGCGACACUAUAAAAGCAUCGCGGGCAAUCCGCCUUCUUGAGAGGGUAGAAUUUCGCUAGCCUGGCUGGGGGUAGAUAAAAUUUAUUGAUUAAUUUGAUGUGAGAUUCUUUCCAGUUUACCGCUAAAGGGUACUUAGCUACCAAUUUACAACUACCUGUAAUCAUCUCUUGAUCAAUUGUGGGGAUAGAAUUAAUCCAUGAAUUAACCCGUUUAUCACUCAGCAAAGUGCCCUGUCUAGCAAGCAUUAUGUCAUAAAUUAAUGAGAUUGACGUAUCACCAGCUAUAAAUUUUUGAAUAAAGAUUUUGACCUCGGACCACUCAACCCUAAUUGAAGAAUACCAUCUUUGAGAGGUGAUAUAAUGGCGGACCUGAAAAUAGGCAAAUCGGUUCCCUCUACCUAAUGAAUAAUUUGAAACGAUAGUUUCCCAUGGGAGAAUCUGACUUUGAUCGUCCAAUAACUGGACAAUAUCCUUCAGUCCUCUAUCCUGCCAUUCCAGAAAUACUUUUUGAUCUGUUCCUGGCAAAAAGCACGGGUUAGCUCUUAUAGGUAAGAAUUCAGAAAAAAAGGGAUUCAGUGCCAAAAUGGCACAAAACUUCUGCCAUGCACUUAUCGGGUUUUUAAAAGAUUGUAAUAAAGAGACUUCUCGUGGCAGUUCUUUUAGUGGACAAUGUAAGAGAGCCUUCAAAGACCAAGGGUGGAUCAAUCUGGAUUCCGGUUCGAAUGCAGUAACCCUAUUUGUUUGAGCUAACCAAUCUAUAGCUAUUUUAGCCAGGGUUGCAAUAUUAUAAUAUCUGAUGUUCGGGAAGGCUAACCCUGCAUUAUCAAAUUUUUGAGACAGUUUUUCCAAUGAUAUACGUGGUUUUUUGGCUUUCCAAAUAAAUUUGGAAAGCCACGAAUUCAAUCUAUUUAAGUCUUUAUUUGUAAGGAUUAAUGGUAGAUUUUGCAAAGGAUAUAGAAUCCGCGGAAAAAUUAUAGUUUUGAUCAAGUUAAUAGAAGCAGAAAUAGAUAAAGGGAGAGCCCUCCAUAACUCAAGAUCUUCUUUGAUCUUCCGGAGAAGUGGAUCAAUAUUGGCGGAGUACCAGUAUUUGGGAUUUUUAUGAAUCUCCAAACCCAAGUAUUUUAUAGCAGACACUGUGCGAAACAUUGGAUUAGUUUGUCGAUUCGCCUCCUUGCCUAGCCACAUGAACUCACUUUUAUCCAAAUUAGACUUAUAUCCCGCGAAGGAGCUGAACUCCUCCAGUAUGUUUACAACCUUGGGAAUUGUGUCUCUGGUGUUCUGUAAACAUAUUAAAAUGUCGUCCGCAUAAAGUAGCACUUUUAAGCUUGGGUCUAAAUCUGGUAUACCCGGCAAGCUAUCUCUCAGUCUGAUUGCCAGCGGCUCCAGAGCAAUGUUGAACAAAAGGGGCGAGAGAGGACAACCCUGUCUCGUCCCUCUUUCCAAUAUUAUCCUAGGGGAGAGCAUCCGAUUGACCAGUAAGUAAGAUUCUGGUUUCCAGUGGAUUUUCUGAAUGAAGUAUAAGAACUUGUCUGCAAAGCCGAAUUUCUCUAAGGUUUUAAAUAGAUGGGUCCAGGCUAUACUAUCAAAAGCCUUUACUGCGUCUAAAGUAAGGACUGCCUUAUCAUUUAAUCUAUUUCUGCCUUUAGACUGAUCACAGUUCCAGCUAGAAUCAACCAAGGUAAUUAAUCUCCUAAUAUUUUUGGUAGAAUUUCGUUCGGACAUAAAUCCGACCUGAUCGGGAUGUAUAAGUUUAUCCAAACACCCUGUAAGUCUAGCGGCAACAAUGGACAUUAAGAUCUUAUAAUCCGCGUUAAGAACGGAAAUUGGCCUAUAAGAGGCUGGAUCUUCUGGGUUCUUCCCUUUUUUCAAAAUUAAUGAUAUAUUUGCCGCUGUAAACCGGGCAGAAAUUGGUUGAUUUGAAAUAUAAUAACAGUUAAACAGUUUCUCUAAGACUGGAGUUACUUCAGCCACUAGACAUCUGUAGUACUCCGCAGGAAACCCGUCAGGGCCUGCGGCUUUAUUCAAUUUCGAUGUACUAAUAGCUUUUACUAUUUCUUCAGAAGUAAUUGGGGCAUUCAAAGAUUCUAAGUCUUCUUGCUGGAGCUGGGGGAGGAUGACCUUGUCCCAAAAAUUAGUUUGAAUAAUGGCGUUACUUUCUUGUUUAGCAUAUAAUCGUGUGUAGUACUUAAAAAAAACUUCGCAUAUCUCUUCUGUGUUAGUAUAUCUUUUGUCGUUUUCCCUGAUAUAAGGAAUCAAAUUCUUCUUUUUCCUUAUUUUAACUAAUCUAGCUAAAUUUUUAGCAGAACUACCAUGAGGGCUUCUAAAAUAUAAAUUAGUUUUCGUCUCGUCUUCUAGAAGUUUUUGCGUAACAGAUAUAUCCCUUUCCUUUCUUAACGCUGUAUAAUUAUCCCAAUUCUUGGUCGAUCGAUUUCCGUGGUAUUUUUUAUAGGCAUUUUGGACCUGCUUAGUGAUUAGUAAAUCUCGAGCACGUUGCUUCUUGUUUUUGAUGUCUAGAAAUGACAUAAUUUCCCCCCGUAAUACCGCUUUUGAAGCCUCCCAAAAGGUUUCAAUCUUGUGCAAAUAAGAGAUAUUGCGAGUACUAUAGUCCUUCCAGGCCUGUUUUAACCAAUGAGUAUAUCUAGGAUUAUUAUAGAGAUAACAUGGAUAGAAAAAAGCCCUAGGCAUUUUAUUUUUAUUAUUAUCAUGGGAUUUCAAAGUUAAAGAUAUAAUUGAGUGGUCCGAGGUCACAAUCUCACCAAUUCCAGCCUCCAAUUUACAGAUUGAAAGUGAUUCAGAGAUUAAAAAAAAAUCUAUCCUGGCAAAUGUCCUAUGUGCCUUAGAUUCACAUGUAAAGCUUAUUAAGUCCGGGUUGAGAGAUCGCCAAAUAUCAGUAAGGUGUAAUUUAUAACAGAAUUUGGUGAAGUAUUUAGAGCUUCUCCUAUUCUCCGGAAAAUUUUUCCCUGAGAAUCUAUCAAUUUCCGGACAGAUAACCAAGUUAAAAUCUCCGGCUAUUAUAAGGUUCUCCUUUAUAAAAGGGAAUAAUUUAAGUUUAACACUCUCCCAGAAGUCUCUGCGAAAUUUAUUCGGGCCGUAGACAUUACAGAGCACAUAUUUAGUUUUAUCAAUAAUAAUUUGGAUUAGUAUAAGCCUUGCAGCUGUAUCUGUCUCCACCUGUAUAACCUUAUAUUCCAGAGCUUUAUUAAUCAAAAUGGCUACUCCACAUUUUCUCCUGCUUGAAGAAGAAGCAAAUACCUCUCCCACCCAUUGUAUCUUAAGUUUGGCAACUUCCUGCUCCGUGAGGUGAGUCUCCUGAAUAAAAGCAAUAUCUGGUUUUUGUUUAGCCAAUAAUUUAAUAAUCAACUUGCGUUUCAUAGGAGAGACAAUCCCCCCUACAUUCCAUGAUAAAAAUUUAAUAUCCAUUACCGAGCCUUAACUGCUCAACAGAUAGAGAUUCCCCCUGCGGGCCCGAAGGGGAAGAAAGAACAGAAAAAAAAGGGAGGGAGAGGAAAAAAAAAAAAAAAAAAAAAAAAAAAAAAAAAAAAAAAAAAAAAAAAAACCCACGUCUAAAAAUAAAAAUCAAAAAAGCCUGAUUUUUUUUCAAUAAUACAUUCAAAAAAAGAAGAUUGAGAACUUUAACCCCUAAUAAACUCUCCAUUUAUAGGGGACCAGGUAACAGUAUGAAAUAAGUAAGUAAUAUGUUAUUGUUCAUUUAAAAAUUUUUUAAUCUCUCCUUUCUCUCGAAAGAUUUUCCUUGCACCAUCCUGUUCAACAAUUAUACUGGCUGGAUAUACCAUCCAUGCAUUAAAGCCUUUAUCAAUGAGUUGCGAGCAGAAUGGUGCCAUUAUCUUUCUUUUUAGAGAGGUUUCUGCCGAGUAAUCUUGAAAUAAUAGAAUUUUGUUAUUUCCAAAUAUAAGUGGUUCAGAUCUUUUUUUAAAUAAUCUAAGGAUUUCAACUUUGUCUUGAUAGUUCAAGAUUCUGAAAAUACACAUUCUAUUAGAACGAGAUCCCUCAAGCUGGGAUUUUUUUAUGCCUGUUCUAUGGGCUCUUUCUAUAAUAAUAGGAAGCCUCUGUUGUGGAAUACCUAGAGCCUGAGGCAGCGUAAAAGAUGUAAACUGAUAUAAAUCUUGAAAUUCUGGAAUCUCAGGUAAGCCAAUGAUUCGAAUAUUAUUUCGUCUGGAACGAUCUUCCAGGUCGUCCAGACGCGAUUGUAAAUUAGCAAUUUUAGAGCUCUGUUUGGAUAUAGUAUCGGUUUGGCCACUAGCUUGAUCUUCUAGCUCAGACACUCUGUUCUCCAUCUCUAACAUUCUAUUAGAAAAUUGUUUCACUUCAGAGGAUAGAUUAGAAAUAUCUGAUGAAAUUGUACCUAACUCGGCCUUUAUUAUUUCAAAUUGUGGAGAGAAUAAGUCAGUUAAAUGAGAGAUUAACAUCUGCGUAUCAUUUAUGUUAGAAAGAGUCUCACUUGAGCUAUUUAGACUCGGGUCGCCCUGUCUAGUUUUUUUAUCUUUGACUUUGGGCGGCAUCCUAGGCGAAGAUGCUUUAACUUGGGUUACAAAUUUUUCCAUAAAAGAUUUUAAACCAAAUUGCCUUAUUUGUUUUUCAAAGUGAUGUAUCAGGUAACAUAGGCUUGAAAAUUGCUAUCCUGUGGUGCUAAAAUGGUGUGUGUCGUUUCAAAAGAGACUGGUAAAAAAGGGGAAAUGAUAGAAUAUGUAACUGCUGUUUAUUGACCUUACUGCUUAUUAAUAUGUAUUGCACAAAUGAAUUAUCUCUGACGUUAGAAUUUGUACGUUUCUGACGUGGUAUUUUAAUGCAAAGUGCAUGAGCACUAACUGACUAUCCAGCACCACUAAGCUACAUUUAUUUUAUAGCAAGUGGAUCAUUCCUUGUGGACAGAGGAGCCUGCAAUUUACUUAAGACCCUCCCCAGCAACCAAGGAGUUAAUAAGUAUAAAGUUUAUUAAUUUAGUUUGCUACAAAAUCUACAAAUAGAUUUUAAUUUUGCUAAGGAAAAUGUCCUUUAUGACGGGGGCCGACUUUGCACUUAACUUUGGUGCAACACUUGCACUUUACUUUUUCUUGCAACUGUCAAAACAGUUGUGUGUUUUUUUUGUUUGUUUGUUAAUUUACAGCUACAUGGCUGUGACUUGCUGCAAUCAUGGCUUUUAUGUUAAUACUCAAGAAUCACAGCUGUAAAACAAUGUGUCUGACUUGUGACAACAUAAUAUUGCCCCUAUAAUUUUGCACACUAUAUUCUUGUAUAUUUCAAAUAAAUUUGUUGAAAUGUA